AUGGAUAAUCUAUAUAUGAAAGGAGAACUGCUGCAAUUACAUACCAAAAACAGUGAAAUAAUUGAAGGUAGAUUUUUCAGUAUUACCAAUGACAAAUCGAAAAUAUCUUUGUAUGAUGUAAAAGAACUGCCUGAUGGCGAUAAAAGUGAAGGUGUAUUGCAUUACCAUGAUUCAGAAGUCAGGGAGAUAACAAAAAUUCAAGCUCCCAAUGACAUCUCAUACUUAAAGAUUUCUGAAAAAGAAUGUGAAGAUGUCAUCAAAGUAGCCAAAAAAUAUGUUUAUAUCAAUCAAGUUGACAGUGCAUUCCAUAAGGCAAUAAACGAUUUGGAGUCAUUUAGCUACAUAGCUCUCAGCUCAGAUGGUGCAAACAUGGGCCGGAAAUGUAAAAUGCCUUUUCUUGUGCUUUCGACACCAGACCAAAUUUAUAUAUUUGAUGUCCAAGCUAUGGAGUACAAAGCUUUUGAUGCUGGUUUAAAAAGAAUACUUGAAAGCGAUUCUCCAAAGAAAAUUGUUCAUGAUUGUAGAAAAGUGUCUGAUUGCUUGUUUCAUAAACACAACGUCAAAUUGAAAUCCGUUUUUGACACACAGGUUGGCGACAUCAUCAUUCAUAAGAACAAAACUGGUAAAAUACCAUCAAAAGUAAAAACAUUGGCUGAAUGCCUCAAUGCAUAUCUUGGACUCAAGGUCAACAGUGUUGAUGAGAAGCUGGAUAUUGUUAAAUGCACAGAAAGACCCUUGGCUACUGAAAUAAAAGAAAAUUUAUCUAAAAAUAUAUCCUUCUUGCACCAUCUGUCAGAAGCUAUCAAUGAUGAAAUGAUGUUACCAUUUAUGAGAGGAGUGGAGUACUUUACUGAAAAUCUCCGUUCUUGUGAUGAUUUCAAAGCUUGGGAGCUUUGUGUUAAUCACCAUCAAUUGCCACAAGACUUUAAAAAUGCUAUUGAUUAUUAACAUUCCUGGCUA